UAAAUAAUGUCACUUCCGGCUGAUUGUGUGAGUGGCCAGUAGAAACAGAGAUCAGCCCAUCCCGUUACACAGCGUUGAAUCAUGGGCUUGUAACGUACACAAGGGAAUUGUGAAGUUGGUGGUUCAAAGACAUUCAACAAUCAGAAAAAGCGACUGAGCUAGAAGGGUUAUCACAUACAAUAUCAAACAAGAUGCGCAACCGUGAACACUCUUGAAUCGCUUACGUCACUACACAACGCCGUGCUUGCUGAGACGGGCGGAAUUAGGUCGGCCUUGGAGAAGUGUCAAACACUGCAGCUGAGUGGGCUGCCACAACGGAGCAGCCGUUUUCCAGCUAUUCCCAGUCUUUCAUUUCUGGAAUGGUACAUUGGGAGGCCUUUCGUGUGCGUGCUUUAGAGUGAAUAUUAUCUUCACGUUUUGACAUGGUCAGUCGUCAGGCUUUUCUUCGGAGCAGCUGGAAAUUGCGUACCAUUUUCGCGUAAUUGUGAUAUUUCCAAGGUGUUUGAAGCCAGCUGUUUCGCGUUCUCUAAUUCCUGCUUGCGCCACUCUGCAUACACUUACCCUCUGCAUUUGUGCCAUUUGCCUGGCUUUAAAGACCUCGCUGGCUACAUGCCGCCCCCACCUGUUACACCCAGCCCCACCUCCCCCACCCCUCCGCAGGAGGACAGGAUCUGGGAAUCAGACAACUCUGCCCAGCCGACUGAUGCCACAAGAUCCAGUUCACUUUCAGUGAAAAACAACAUGGAUUCUAACAUCACUCUUUGGCAGUUUCUUUUGGAGCUCUUGCUAAGUAAUCAACACCAGAACAUGAUACACUGGACCAACACAGAAGGAGAAUUCAAGCUUGUUAAUGCUGAAGAGGUUGCCCGUUUGUGGGGCCUGAGAAAAAACAAGCAUAAUAUGAAUUAUGACAAACUAUCUCGUGCUCUACGCUACUACUAUGACAAAAACAUCAUCAAGAAAGUCAUGGGCCAGAAAUUUGUCUACAAGUUUGUCUCUUUCCCAGAGAUUGUGAAGACUGAAACAAAGGUGCCCUUCAAAGUCAAGAUGGAGUCUAUAGCACAGGAACGAUAUGGGCAGCAAGUGUUACCUCACUUUGCCUCCUACAAUGCCAAUGAAAUAAAGUCCUCUGCCAAGCAAGCAGCAGUGUGGCGUUCUGCCAACUCAUCUUGUGACAGGAGAGCUGAAGAUAUGGCGGUGACACCAGUGGCACGAGAGAGAGAACGAGAGUGGGAGCGUGAACGGGAACGUGAUCGCAUUCGAAGAAGAAGUCAGUCACCUCUGGAGCUGACCAUUAAGAAAGAGACCUCUAGCCGUCCAGACAGUCAAGGUAGCUCCAUCAAUAGUAAUGAGGAUGAUCUGGAAAGACACCACCACCACCACCACCACCACCAUCAUCAUCGUCGCCGGCACCACCACCACCACCGUAGCCAUGAGAGAAUUGCUGCCUCUCCAUCACCUCCGCUGUCAUCGUCUAUCACCACAACGUCUUCCUCGUCCCUGUCAGCGUCUGUGUCAUGCAAGCCUAAACCAAGUCCCAUAAUCUUAGCUCCCACUGCAGUCUCUCCUGUACCACCUCCAGCUCAUCCUCAGCUGCCACAGCUGCCACCUGCUUCAGCAUUGUCUGCUGGCACAGCUGUCACCAUGGCAACCCAUGUACCCAUUCCAUCACCAACAGCGAAGCACCCCUUGCAUCCACUUUCAUCACUCUCCUCCCUGCCUGGUGGCCUUCAGACUCCAUUAUUCAUGCACAGCCCAAUGAUGGGGGGACCGGGUGGACCAGGAACACCUGGACCCCUUCUACACUUUUGGAGUUCACUUAGUCCAGUUACAACGCUGAGUCCUCGGCUCCAUGGCUCUUCCUCUGGUGGGUCUGCCUUCCAGUUCCCCAGUUAUGCUCCCCUAGCAUAUUCUCCUGUUGUGGCUACUUUCCACACUCUGGAAAACUUGGGCACCCCAGGCCUUGUGCCUUCCCCCACCUCCCGCACCAUUCCUGUCUUAUGACAGAAAUAGAGUUGUGCCACUUGUUGAGUAAAAGGAUGACCUAAUUACAAAAUACAAAUAGGAAGGAUGAGAUUAUCUCACUCUUCUUUUCAGACACCAGCGAUGUUUUGGGAGGUUGGGGUUAUCCAUUGUCAUCAGAUGUCACUAAAGAACAUUAAAGAUAUGUGUCAUAGAAAGAGUAAAGACUAUUUCUGAUCUCAUUAUCACUGCAAUGAAAUUUCAUCUUUCAGAUGGCUAACAAGAAAAGCCUGCAGUUGUUUUAACCUAUGUUCACCCAGUCCCUCUUCCCUCAUCACCUCAGGCGGUCCGGUGGCGCAACGGUCAGCGCCUGUCACCAAUACAGUGAAGGCUGGCUGCCCAGAGUUCAUUUCUCGUCUUGGGCACGCUGUUCUUUCUCUGCACGUGGCAUCUGUUUACAGGGUUGGCUGCCUUGCCGUAAUAUAGCCUCAGUUGCUGGCACAGCGUAAAACACCAAUCCCCCCCCCCUCAAAAUUGUGAACUUCAGAAAAUAAAUUCAUGAAUGACUUGGUCAGUUUGGGAGACAGAAACAAAGCUAAGACAGGUCUGACAUUCAUGCUGCCUGUAAUGCUUCCUUGUUCACUCACAGGCCUCUGGUUGUUGACAUGAAUGGUUUUGAUAUUAACAAUGUCAUGCUUGACAGACACCUGAAUCAGACUGUGAUAAUGAACUAGAGUUGUCCGUAGUGUGAGAAAGAUCUGCAGUGUUGUUGAGCACCAAGCGCUUCUAGGGGUGACAAACCUCUCUUCAAAGAGAUGCACGUGGCCACACUGGACUAGUAGCAUAUGCUCAGUGCCUUUUUUGUGGCAGCAAAUUUGUUUGGUCCAUUUGCCUCCCAUAUUUGUGACUUGGCACUGUUGCUGCAUAUUUGUUAUUGUGUACAUACAGAUGACAACCAUUGACCAGAAGAAUGGGUAAGUUCACCUGCAUGCAAGCAUUUGAAAGGUAUGGACCUGAUGGCUACAUGAUAAAGCUGUUAAAUGCAAGCACAUAUAUACAUUUUUAUAUUGUAUUUUAUAUUUAAUAUUUCAAAAGUGUCAUUUAGCAUCCAAUACUGGCAAGAAAAACCACAAGGCAUGACAGAUUAAACAUGUAAACUAAUAGAGAAAUGUAAUUGCUAUAACAUUAUGUAGAUGAGCAUGGGCAAAUGCAGUAGAGAUAACAAGAAGAAAUACCUGGACACUUAUUAGAAAGCUUUCACGGUUCUUUUAUUUCCAUCUUUGUUGAGUUUUCCCACUAAUUGGGAGUCUUAUCAAGUAUGCUUAAAUGAUAAUUUUCAGACUUCUGAAGUGCUAGAAAUACUUGUUUGAAAUGAAGUGAUCAGAAACAUUUUUAUGUCCUCCUUUAUGCCUUUUCAUGUCUCCAGUACCAUUGAACAGCAUACCUUUUCAUUCCACUACCAGGUAACUUGUUGGAAUUAUAUUUAUUUGACGAAGUGAUAAGUGCACCUUUCUUUCAUUUAGAUAUUUUCUUAACAGUAUUUAAAAUGUUCCAUGCUUUUAAAGUGUGCCGUAUGCUAUAUGUCUUUCUACAACCACAUUUCUUCCCUGUGAGGAAGGUUUGCAUGAGUGGUUCUGUUUCUGCUCAGGAACAGGCUUCAGGGGAAGGAAUUGCAUAGAACUGCAAGUACCACUUCAGUGAGAUGAACAAAUCUGUUGUUUUGCUAGUGAAUCUUACAUCCACACAAACUCCUAUCCUGAUGUCAUCAUCUGUACUUGCCUUGCUAAAGUAUGGGGCCUUUGAUGGCAACAAUGUGAUUAUAAAAGAUCUGGAUUCCAGUUUUCUUGAAAAAAGGGGAGGAGAAUCCCAGAGAUAUGCUGUGUAUAACUUUUUUCCCAGAGACUGUUGGUUCUGAAAACGGCAUUUCUUUGGCCUUUCCAAAUGUCUCUGAUGUAUUUUGCAAGAAUAACAACCAAAACAGAACCUGCUUUAUACAACUUGAACUAAAAGAUGAGUCUUCUUGUGAAUGGAAUAAUCUGAUGGUACUCUGUACUGCAGUCUUAAUUCACUAUUUUCUUCAUUAGAGAAGAGUAGUAGUUACUGUUUACAAAAUACUUUAAGGACAAUCUUCACUUACAUUUGGCAUAAAAGCAAAGAGGGCCAGUGAAAGCAUUUUAACUUACUGUCUGAUUUUUAAUAGCAUAUUACUUAGCUAUUUAAGAAUCAGUCUCUGAUGUAGUUUAAUCCAAAACAGAAGUAGGAAGCUUUAUGUAGCAUGCAUAUUUUCAGCAUCAAAUGUGCUGUCAAUGUCAGCUUAUUUAAAGCCUUUGAAAUAGACAUUCAUCCUAGAGACAAGUGCUCAGAUAGUAUGCAAAAUGUGGAAACCCUUGUCAAGAGAUGGAUAUGAAUGAUUAAUUAGCUUAUGUUACAUUGGCUGUAUGCAUCAGUGGUGCUAUGUUAUUUGGACUUAAAGAUACAGUCAGAUAAAUCUAUUUAAUGUCCUAGAAUCAAGUUGCAUUCAGAAAAAGGAAAAAGAAACAGGUGUGUUGGGGAGUGGGGAGGAAUUCUUACUGCUUGCAGCAUUACUUGGAACUAGAAAAAUCGCAUGUGACAUGGUUUUAUCAAUAGUUUGCGUGUACAUCUAUUGACUUGUGCAUAGUCUGCAUCAACAGUCACUAGAUCAUUUCUUCCGUUUCCUCUUCAUUACAGACAUUGAACUGAAUGUUGUCCAUUCAGCACAAAAUCAUACAUGUGUUUGCAAUUGACAUGUUAGCAUGUGCAGAGAAAUUUGCUUCAAUGUGGCUUCAAAUGUGUUUGAAACUGACAUAUAUUGCACUCCAGUGAAAUAUUUGGUAUCUGAUACCAAAAUUGUUUGUGCAUUGCUUAAUCAACAAAGCAUUUUUAACAUUGUAACAGGAUUUUGUCUUGAUAUUCUUUUUUGCAUUUUCAAAAAAAUUAUCUUAUUUUUCCUUUUCGCAUGGGGUGAAUUGUAAGCGCUAUUAUAUAGGGUCUCUAAAUGUAUUUUCUGCUAGAAAAACAAUUUUGAUGGCUCCUUUCAGUCUUAGGAAACCAUAAAACAGUUUUGUGAAUUACAUGCUGCAUCAUAUUUCAUUAAAUGCUGGUAUCUGUUUUAUUAUCUUGCUACAUUGCAUCCCUUUUAUCCAUAUUCAUAUUGUACAUGCUUUUUAAGUAAAAAAAAUUGUUGCAGAAUAACUCUGUAUACUGUCUCGUAACAGUAAUAUUAUAUUAUUUUUCAUUUUUAAAGAAAAGAUUAUUGUAUGAUUUAUGCCUUAUGUGAAAAUAUCAACAUUAUAAGUUAUUUACCUUUUUUUGCGCAUUUUGUAACAGAAAGCAUUUAUAUUCAGUAACAUUUAGUUCAAAUAUCUUUAACGUUGUCAUAAUUCAUUUAUGGCAUAUGGUUUACGCUUAUGCAUUUUUCCAGUAAAUUUUAGAGGAAAUUGUGACUAGGGACUGCAGGUCUAUCAACCUUCGAGUUAGCUAUAGAGCACGCCAGAGCUUCUAAUGGUGAAGAGCAACAGUCUGAAGUCAAGAGAUAGAGGUCGCGGCUUUUUGUCUGUUCCUUACAGAUGUUCCCUGGGAACCUCUAGUCCCUAGUCAUGACUCAAAGACUCAGAUUGCGCUGCAUGCUGUCAAUUUUCAAGGUAAAAUUACAAGAUGAUAUAGAGGAGGCUUGUGGGAAGAUGGACAAGAAUAAGAUGGCUGGAAUUGCAUAGCACGUUUUUUUAGACUGUUCACGUGUGUGAAGCUGCCGAUGUCUGGCUCGUAGAUUGUGAGCAAACUUCAUAUAUUUUGUGAGGGUUUUCCUCCAUCGUCACUUCCAGGAUCUCAGAAGUCCCUUAAUGUGUUUGGAUGCACGGCACCUGUCAAAAUCUUUUGUGGAGGCAAAAAUGAGUGACUUACUGGCGAUCGCACUGAGUAAAGCAGUUAUAACCGAGGUGUGGCAUGUAAAGAAUAACAACCGCGUCCGUUGAAUACCAGUAUUUAAACUUUAACAAAACGAUGCUUGUAGACUGAAACUGUUAGCGACGUCUUUAUUUUUCUUUUAGUUUUUUUUAAGAUUUAUUAUUGCAUUGUAUUAAUAUCUUGGACCAUACUCAACAGACCUAUUGCUUUUUUGUCUAUUGAUUUCUACAUCACCAGGAAGGAUAAAAAUGCUUAUUCUUCUGCUUAUCACCUGGUGCUGUCUGUAAAGAAAAUCAUAACAUUGACAUAAACUGUGACCAUUUGAGAAAACAGGCUGGGGAAGGAAUGGAAGCUCUAAUUUGAUAUCUGUAAUAUUGUAAGUUAGAAGUAAGUGUGGAUGUUCUGUUACACAUACUCUGACGCUGCUCAUCUAGCGUGAGCAAAAAAGAAAUUGGGAUCGAGGGUGUUUCCUUAAAAUCCCAUCUCGCUUAUUUAGUUCCUUUGCCAUUACGUCAUUUCUUUCACGAGGAAUGUGUACAUGCUAGAGGACGCUGUCUUGACCUGUAUUUGGGGGGAUCAUUGAUCUGGCUUUGGGGGUCAAGCCUUCUAUGUUUUGUUGGCUUUGAUGGCAGAUCGCUGCUUCCUGGUGGUUCCCAUAUUUCGACUUGAGAGAAUGUUUCUCCAAAAGUAUAAACAUUUUUACGGUUGUAUAGAUUAUUACUUUUUUCAUUCUUAUAUUGUCCAGUUUUUGUUUUUGUUUUUUUGUUUUAAAAUGUUGAUUGCUGAAGUGGUUUUUCUCCUUCACCUUGUAUCUACUCAUGUGGCGCGAAUUCAAACGACUGCCAUUUUUGGCGCGAAUCGACAGACACUAGACGUCGCCGAGCUUGCCCCAGGACAACUUUUUGACUUCAAGAAAGGAAAGUUUCGUCUAUUUGCCCAGCUCUAGCUUUUAAGCUACUUUGAUUGUAUCCCACUGAUGUUUAUACGAAGCUGGCAGAUCCUGUUUUAUUGACGCCACAUUAUUACACGUGUAUUUUUUAAAAACUUUGAUCGGCAGUGUUCGCCUGACUUAUUGACGUCUUGACGCGAAUUCGUAUCAAGAGUAGUAUAACUUGACCUUCUCGACUUUGACCUAAGUUGUAAAAUGACCUCAGGUCAGUGAAACUGGUAACCAUGUAAACUUUUUAUGGGUAUGUGUGUGUAUGCUGUGUGUGUGUGUCUUUACAGACGAGGCAGGUUCCAUACGAGACCUCACUGGAGGUUGAACGCAUGGCUUGUAGGCCCCUGACGUGCCUUGUAUACCUUACUCGUACUCACUAAAGCGAGGUAGCUAACUGCUCGUGUUCCCAACAUCAUAUUGUCUGUUUGCGAACGCCUGUCACAAGAAAUACGACAGAGAAGGACGUGACUGCUGUUAAGGCAUCAAAAGUCAAAGCCUGUUCGCAUGCUGGCGGGCCCCUUAUCGGCAGCAGGCAGAACACAUUACAUCAACAUCCCCAAACAAACUGGAUUAAAAAUAAUUUGUUAAAAAAUGGAACAAAAAGUGCAAUUUUUAUGAAUUACAGCCAUCAUUUUACUUUAUGCGUUUGUCUUGACUCUGAUAUAAACAUGCUGCUGCAGCAGCCGAUGUCUGACGUGUCUGUGACAGACAGAUGAAAUAGUUCCUACUGUACAAACGAAGACAAGAUGCUUUUGGGAAUCACCAGGAGUGACGAAAGUGAAUUUUUUUUUUGUCUCAUUUCUGCUCCGCCCUGAUGUAUAGCAUUGUUUUUCCCAAUCUCUAGACGCAAUGUGAUAAUAAAAUUAUCAUAUUUUAUUA